AUGGAUGUCGCUGCAAGUAUAGCCGGCCUUAUUUCGUUGGGCAUUCAAGUCACGCAAUCCCUCGUCGACUAUUACACGGCCUACAAGGGCCGAGAAACCGACGUCGCCAACACCACGAAAAAGCUAAAACGUCUUUCGGGCAUGCUUGAGAGUCUGCGCUGCCAUUUGGUGGACCGGAAAUUCCUCGCGGACGAUCAAGACCUUCUCGAGACCAUCGAAGGCGCGCUUCGAGAUUGCGAGGGGUGCAUUCACGAGCUCCAAAGCCAAUGUGACAAGUUCAAGGAUAAUUCCACCUCCAGCAUCCAAGCCAAGGCCCUCACGGCUGCUCGCAAGUUGGCGUACCCUUUCCGCCGGACCACGUUGGAAGAGCUUAACGAUACCGUUGAUGAAAUCGCUGCUCACCUCUCCCUGGCGCUGCAGUCGCUCCAGCUGAAAAACAUUGACAGAGUUCAGAACGACACCGAGGAUACCAAGAGACUGCUCGAUCUUGUUCGAGCCAACCAAAUCUCGCUGACUAUCCGCAGUUGGUUGAAGGCUCCUGACGCCACCGUCAACUACAACGAGGCUUGCAAGAAAAGACACGGCGGCACUGGGCUUUGGCUCGUCAAGAGCCCCGUCUUUUUUUCUUGGCUCACAAAGCCAAAUUCCUUUUUGUGGCUCAACGGCUUUGCGGGAUGCGGGAAGUCUGUUUUGUCUUCCACGGCUAUCCAGUACGCCUUUCGGCAUCGACGAUCCAAUCCACGCAUUGGUAUCGCAUUUUUCUUCUUCACUUUUAACGACAACGGCAAACAAGACACCGCCGCCAUGCUCCGCGCACUCGUUUUACAGCUGUCAGGCCAGCUCGACGAUAGUUACGGGCUCCUGUCACGGUUGUAUAACGGCCACCGUAAUGCCACGCCGCCCGACCAGGCUCUUAUAGAUUGUUUACGUCAACUCGUGCGGGAGUUCGACGACUCAUACAUUAUUUUGGAUGCCUUGGACGAGUGCCCUCGGGAUAUGCACCGCAGAGACAUGUUACAAGCUCUAGCCGACAUACGGGCGUGGUCAGAGCCCGGCCUCCAUCUCUUAGUCACUAGUCGUGAAGAGCCGGACAUCCGCGACGUGUUUGUUGAUGAGUUUGGAGCUUUGCAAGAUGAGAUAAUCUCCAUGAAGAACGAUUCCGUCGAUAAUGAUAUUGCGUCCUUUAUAUCCGGCUCCUUAAAAACCGACCGUCGACUACGAAAGUGGGAAAAGUAUCACGAUCACAUCAAGGAGGCGCUCACCGAGCGCGCCGAGGGAGUGUACGUCUACUCUCUUUAUCUCUUAUUUAAAGACACUACUGACCCAACUAGAUUUCGCUGGGUCGAAUGCCAGUUUAUAGCAUUAGACUCAUGUGUCAGGAGCAAGCGUCGACUCGAUAUGUUACUAGUAUCUUUGCCUCAAUCUCUAGACAAGACAUACGAGCGGAUGCUGUUGAACAUCAGCGAAGAGUCUAUCGAGGAUGCAAGACGGAUCUUGACUUUCCUUUGCUGCGCCAAGAGACCACUGACCAUACCAGAGAUCAUCGAGAGCGUCGCGAUAGAACUUGGUGAUAAUCCUCAGCUCAAUAUCGAUGCUAGACUGGACGAUGAAGAUGAUAUUUAUCGUAUAUGUCCCGGUCUUAUCGAAGUCGACUACCAUCCCGGUAACAAGGAGUCAACUGUACGCAUCGCGCAUUUUUCAGUCCAGGAAUACCUAGAAUCCGAACGGAUACACGAGCACGCAGCUGCAACCUUUGGUGUAAGAAAGCCAAAAGCUCAUGCCGAGAUAGCGUGCGUUUGCCUGACGUAUUUGCUGGGAAUUGGAUCGCCAAUUUCGGUAUCUGAAUAUCCUCUUGCGCUCUACGCCGCAAAAACCUGGCACGAGCAUUAUCACGACGGAAACCAAAACCUAUACCCAGUUCAGCAUCAAGCGAUCCGGCUCUUUCAAAGUGCCAGGAGCGAAUUUGAGAAUUGGAUACGAAUUUGGGACGCGGACUAUUUCUGCCGGGAAGAUAGAAAAGUGACAUCGCCUAUUUAUUAUGCUUCACUCCUUGGCCUUAAUUCGAUCAUUUCCGAGCUACUCUCUGAGAAGUCUUCCACUAGCUUUUUCUCAGGGAAAACCACUGAUUUAGUGAACAUACAAAGUGGCUACUACGGAAACGCUCUACAGGCAGCAUCAUAUAAAGGCUACGAGAAGAUCGUCCAGUUACUACUCGACAACGGUGCCGACGUCAACGCACAAGGUGGCCAUUACGGAAACGCUCUACAGGCAGUAUCGUUGAGAGGUCACGAAAAGAUAGUCAAGCUACUAUUCGAUAAGGGCGCCGAUAUCCACGUACAAGGUGGCCACUUCGGAAACGCUUUACAGGCAGCGUCAGUAUUCGGCCACAAGAAAAUAAUCGAACUACUACUCGACAAGGGCGCCGAUAUCCAUGCACAAGGUGGUCAAUUCGGAAACGCUCUACAGGCAGCAUCGUCGGGAGGCUACGAGAAGAUAGUCGAGCUACUACUCGAUAAGGGCGCCGAUGUCCACGCACAAGGUGGCCUCUACGGAAGCGCUCUACAAGCAGCAUCGUGGGGAGGCCAAGGGAAGAUAGUUAAGCUACUAUUAAACAAGGGCGCCGGCACUAACGCAAACGAUAGAACCGCUCUACAAGCAGCAUCAAGGGGAGGCUACAAGGAAAUAGUCGAGCUAUUACUCGACAACGGCGCCGAUAUCCACGCACAAGUUGGCUACUAUAAAAGCGCUCUACACGCAGCAUCAGCGGGAGGCCAUAAGAAGAUAGUCGAGCUACUCCUCGACAACGGCGUCAAUAUCCACACACAAGGUGGCUACUACGGAAACGCUCUACAAGCAGCAUCGUUAGAAGGCCACGAGAAGAUAGUCGAGUUACUACUCGAUAAGGGCGCCGAUGUCCACGUACAAAGUGGUUACUACGGAAACGCUCUACAAGCAGCAUCGUUAGAAGGCCACGAGAAGAUAGUCGAGCUACUACUCGAUAAGGGCGCCGAUGUCCACGCACAAAGUGGCUACUACGGAAACGCUCUACAGGCAGCAUCAUGGAGAGGCCACGAAAAGAUCGUCCAGUUACUGCUCGACAACGGUGCCGACGUCAACGCACAAGGUGGCCACUACGGAAACGCUCUACAGGCAGCAUUAACGAGAGGCCACGAGAGGAUAGUCCAACUGCUAUCCGACUAUAGGCUUAAUACAGACACUGUAUGA